UCAUGGCCCAUUAUGGGGGGUUUUCCCGCCAUAAGCUGCAAUUGCAAAACCGUUUCAUUUUCAGAUGACGACGACGAGAACAAUCCCAAUUGAAAUCAAUUUGGUAACAAAAUUUCAAAUGUUGCAAACCCUAGUAGUACCCUCGAGCCUACGCUUCGCGAAUCGAAUAUUCCUCCGAAGAUUCACCAUUGUUCGUGCAUUCUCUUCCUCCUCCAACUAUGUAGAUCAGUCACGUGGUGGCCUCCCUCGAUUCUACUCCGAAACUCUUCCUGCUUCAAAGGGUAAUGUUAUUCGUGUAAAAGGUGAUGAAUUCUGGCACAUGACAAAAGUGUUGAGGUUGUCAACCAAUGAUAGGGUACAGCUCUUCAAUGGGAAAGGUGGUUUGGUAGAAGGAUGCAUACAGAACAUUGACCGAACUGGACUUGAUUUUGUUGCAUCGACUGAUCUGAAGUUAGUGCCUCCACAGAAUUCACAAUGGCAUGUAUUUGCUGGUUUUGGUACUCUGAAGGGUGGCCGUGCUGACUGGCUUGUAGAGAAGUGUACUGAACUUGGAGCCAGUAGUGUUACUCCUCUAUUGACUGAACGUUCUGCAUCAAUCUCAGAAAAUCGGGUGGACAGACUGGAACGUGUCAUUUUGGCAGCAUCUAAACAAUGUCAACGACUGCAUGAAAUGAUCCUAAAACCUCCUGUAGAGAUUGGUGAUCUUUUGCAUCUUGUAAGUGUUUCAUUCUUUCUACUUGGCAAGAAAUUCGGGCAUGAAUUGAAGUUAUUUGAGAAGAAAAUUAGCCAGUGCAUAAUUGCGCAAUCAAAGCUAUCUCUUGUUGCAACAGCAGAAGCAACUCCUGUUCUUAAUGCAUUGACAUCAUUGGGAAAAGAAUGUAGCGGCUUAAUCAUAGUCGGGCCAGAAGGCGAUUUCACAGAGAAAGAAGUGAAUAUGAUGAUGGAAGCAGGUGCUAAAGCUGUUGGUCUAGGGCCUCAUCGUCUUCGAGUUGAAACUGCCACGAUAGCAUUUCUGGCUACCGUCAUGUUAUGGUCUGACUCUCAACAAACUUCUGUCUCUUGACUCACCUGUUUAUGUAUGUCAAGUCAUGUAUGAUUGUGUUAAAGUAACACUAUAUAUUUUGUAUUUCUUGUCUGUUAGAUAUAAUUAUUCUAAAUUACAUUGGGGAUGAAAAUGACAUUUUUCUAUUUGAGUUGGGGAAAUGGAGAUAAUGCAUUGAAUGUUUUUAGGUC